AUGCGGUUGGAGGAGUUCGAUGAAUCAGAGAAGUCAGAGCUGCAGACUGCGCUUGAGGUUCUGCUCCAAAACGACGAUCGUACGGACCGGAUGGAUGUGAUUUGGGCACAACAUGAUUACACCAUUGAGGGCUUGCUUGCUGUUGCUCUAAGUGGUUGUACGGAAAACAAGGUCCUUGUAUUGGCUGUUGCGGAAUAUGUUCACUACAAUGCAAAAACUAUUGACCUGAUAAGUUCGCAAGAUAAGCUUUUCAUGUUGCUGAACAAGACCAGUGUUAGCCACUGCCCCAAUCAACAUAAAUGCCCUGCUUGUUCGCCAGGCCGCAAGAUUUUCUCAGGCUCCUGCAAUGCACUUCCGAUCGUUACUGAUGGUGACACUGCUACUGAAAGAACUUUGUGGCUCAUUAAGCAACGUGCACGACUGUGUCAGAAGAAUAAGAUGAGAAUAACAUCUCUCGUUAUGAUCACGAUGCUUGGUUGGAUUCCCGGGGUAAAAGCUGCAGAAAAAAAAUGCAUCUGCAUUGGUGCAGGGUAGUACAACCACCAGCACAGUGGUUUGUGUAAUCAUUGGAACGGUUGCCUCACUCUAUUUCUCCUACAAAAUUUUAGAAUGGUUUAUG